UAUUUUGUUACACAUUGUUACCAAAUACGUCGUUUCAGUCUCAUUACUCUUAAUGCGUGUCUGUAGAUUCGUUUUAAUCAUCUGUGUCCCUCAGACGCUUUUGGAUGGACAAAUGCCGACCAAAGAAGAUUUUAUUGGUGAUUAACACAAAAUUUACUGGUGACAGUUGAAUAAAACUAUAUUUUUGAUACCUUUGGAAUAUGUUAUCAAGGGAAUAGAUGAGGUAGUCUCCAGUGAUGAUAACAUGACAGAGGAUGGAUUUAUUGGAGAUAGAGAACUUGCUGAAGAAAGCUAUAGCCAAUGAGAGAGAAUUACUUAAUCUAAGUAACAGAAAUAUGACAAUUUUACCAAGCAAUAUACACCAGUUGUGCAAAGUGAAGAAGUUGUUGUUGAACGAUAACAAGUUAGUCAUGCCACCAUCGGAAGUGACUACCUUAUCACAGUUAGAGGAGCUUACAUUAGAUAACAAUAACUUUACAAUGUUACCCUCGGGAAUAUCUAACUUAAAGAAUCUAAGGUUUUUAAGUAUUUGUCACAACCGUUUGAACAUUUUGACACCAGAAAUCGGUCACUUGACAUCAUUAACCCAGUUGUGGCUAGUUGAAUGUGAAUUUAUAAAUAUUCCAGAAGAAAUUGGUAAUCUAUCUAGUCUACAAACGCUGAGUUUGAGAGGAAAUCGGCUAACAUCAUUACCGCCAACAUUUGGUGAUCUCAGGGUGUUAAGGUGGUGUUGUCUGGCUGAGAAUAUGUUAGACACACUUCCAAAACAAUUUUCAAAACUUAAGUCAUUGAUUUAUUUAGAUUUAAGUAGAAACCGGUUCUCCUCAAUACCGGAGUGCUUGACAGACUUGGUAGAGCUGGUUUCACUGCACAUGACCGGGAAUGAAGUGUCGUCAGUCAGUGAUGAUACACUCUUGGCUUUAGCAAAGCUUACAAAGUUUGAUCUGCGGGAUAAUGCAAUACAGGAUAAACCAGAACACUGGAAGGGUUUGGAUUACAUUCUGGUUGGUAAGACAGGAAUAGAAGGACUGUCAGAAGAAUGUAAUGGUCUGGAUGUGCGAGGACAUUUAAGGGGAUUAGUUACUGAUGACAAUGAUGAUGAAGAUGAUGAUGAUGAGGAGGAUGAGGAUGAUGAAGACGACAGUGAUGAACAUGAUUCAGAUGAAGGGAAUGAAGCUGAUAGCAAUGUAGAAAAUGGAACUGAUAAAAAUUUAGACAGUGAAAAUAGAGAUAGUAGCAUAAAAGAUUCCAAGAAGUCUUGACCUCAGGGAUACAUAUAGUUCAAGAUACACGGUUGGUUCAGGAUCAUUGCACCAAAAGUUGUUAUUUGCUAGACUUGUGCUAAAUUUUUAUCAUGUUACCAGUGUAAUGAUACUUAAGAUGUUUAUUCAGUCUAUUUAAAUUGUACAUCUACUAAUUAUAAAUGCUUUUCACAUAAUGCUGGUGGAAAUACUGAAUGAUAUGGGGUAAAUUUUUAUAACUAUUUUGUUAUAAUGUAAUGGAUUUUUUUGCAAGAAAAUAGUGAUGGUCAGACCACUACAUCUGUUAUUAAAAUAGAAAUGUAUGUGAUACUGAUUUGAUCCUCUGAAGUGAUACCUGUUGUGAUAUAUUAGUAUUUUUGUUGAAAAUCUUAGUCAAUACUUUUGGGUGUGAUGUUGAUAGUGUUGUAAAUUCAGUAUCAAACAAUGGAUUUAUUGUAAUUAUGUUAUUGAGUGGUAGCAAAUUUAUAUUUUCUACUUUUAUAUACUUUUAUUUAUGACCACCUUCAAAGAAGACCGGUAUAAUGCUUCGCUCAUGUUGUACCAUUGGUAGACCAAGUUGAUUCUGAUCUAGGCAUUCAUUGUCUGUGGAUGCAGAUCUUAAUAGGAUGAUUGUUAGUGGUCAGCUGGUGACCCCUGUUGUAACUGAAGAACAAAAAUAACAUUGACAUAAAGACUGAAGUCUGUUUUUGAGUAAUCACUGGAGAAUGUUUGUAGCUGUGGCUCGAAAACUUCAUAGGUCAUUACAUGACAAUCUGCUGGUCUGACAGUAGUUCAAAGGUCAAGGUCACAGUUACACUGUAAAAACCAGAAAAUGCUCUGGCUUAGAGGUCUGUAAAUGACAGCCUCUUGCAGUAGAGGUCUGUAGAUGACCACCUAUUGCUUUAGAGUUCAUAAGGUCUAAGGUUAGACCACAGUGACAUUGGGAAUAAAGAUACUUCACAAUGAAUAAGUGGAGAACAGUUUUCGAUAUGGCAGUCAAACUGCAUAAAAUAAUUACUAGUACUCUGUAUCAAUCCCUUUUGAUUUGAGGGCAGUAAAUAAAGGGUCAUGAGCACGGCUGCUCCAGAUGGAUUUUGAAAUGGCUCUGGUCUGUUACUGUUGAAGUAUAUAGGGUGAUUUUCACUCGAAAUAAUAUUUGAUCGAUUACCGAGGAACACUUUGGCCUACUGCUGUGGAGCUUCAUAAUGACAUUUGACAUCCAUGCUGGUCGCAAACCCACUAUGUUGGUUUUCUCAUGGCACGGCUCACUUAUCAAAUUGCUUCUGACAAUGUAUCAUGUUGGAGAG